AUGUUUCAGAUCACACAUUACAAACAGUAUCCUCCAGAUGUCAGCAAAAUCUACUCCUACUUUGAGUGUCGGCGGAAGAAGGGCUCCCAGUUCAAUGAAGUAGUCUUUUUUGGUCUGCAGUAUUUGCUGAAGAAAUACCUAACAGGCCGAGUCGUGACAGAAGAGAAAAUCCAGGAAGCUAAGAUCUUUUACCAGAUGCACUUUAAGCAGAAUGUCUUCGAUGAGGAUGGAUGGAGAAAGAUCCUUGAGAAACAUGAUGGACGUUUACCAAUCCGUAUAAAAGCAGUGCCUGAAGGACGGAUCAUCCCCAGAGGCAAUGUGCUGUUCACGGUGGAAAACACAGACCCCAGCUUCUUCUGGCUCACCAACUAUAUCGAGACUAUGUUAGUCCAGAUGUGGUAUCCCAUCACUGUUGCCACCGUUUCUAGAGAGUUCAAGAAGAUCCUGGCCAAGCAUCUCCGAGCCACAUCUGGGAGUGUGGAAGGCCUGAACCAGAAGCUCCAUGACUUUGGCUACAGGGGGGUCUCUUCACAGGAGUCUGCGGCUCUAGGGGGCGCUGCUCACCUGGUGAACUUCUGCAGCACAGACACAGUGGCUGGACUGUUGAUGGCACAGCGCUACUAUUCCUGUCCCAUGGCUGGAUUCUCCAACCCAGCAGCAGAGCACAGUACCAUCAUAUCCUGGGGCAGGAGUCGAGAGAAGGAUGCCUUUGAGCAGGUCCUGGAUCAGUUCAGCUCAGGACCUGUGUCCGUGGUGAGCGACAGCUACGACAUCUUCAACGCCUGUAAACACAUCUGGGGAGACGAGCUGAAGGAGCGGGUCAUGGAGCGCAGCCAGGACUCAUGUCUGGUCAUCCGGCCAGACUCCGGAGACCCCGCUGAGACACUUAUUGAGGUCAUCAAGAUACUGGAGGAUUGUUUUGGUUGCUCUAAGAACUCUAUGGGAUACAAAGUUCUACCAUCUUACCUGCGCAUCAUCCAAGGAGAUGGUAUAGACCUCAGCUCUGUUAAUGAGAUUCUCCAGAAGUUGAGUGAAGAAGGCUGGAGCGCUGAAAACGUUCUCUUCGGAUGUGGAAGUGCUCUGCUCCAGAAGCUGAACAGAGACACGCUGAGCUGUGCCUUUAAGUGCAGCUACGUGGAGACCAACGGCAAAGGCAUGGACGUAUACAAGCAGCCGGUGACCGAUCCUUCUAAAGAGUCGAAGCGGGGCCGGCUUUCUCUGAGAAGAAAUUCUGGUGGUUUAAUUGAGACUGUGGAGAGCGGUGCCGGGAAACCAGAGGAGGUUUGUCUCACAUAUGUCAUCAUCAAUCAAAAACCUGUAGUGUGGCUGGCUCUGCCCGCUAUCGCCGUCAUCGGAGACCAAAGCUCGGGGAAGAGCUCGGUGCUGGAGGCGCUCUCUGGAGUCGCGCUGCCCAGAGGAAACGGAAUCGUGACGAGAUGUCCUUUAGAGCUUAAGAUGAAGAGAACGAAAGCAGGUCAGAAAUGGAGCGGGAAAAUUAAAUACAGGGACUACAGUGAAGAUCUGGGGAAACCUGCAGAAGUGGACGAGAAAAUUAGAAAAGCUCAGGAGGUGUUGGCGGGUAAGGGCUGCGGAAUCAGCCACGAACUGAUUAGUUUGGCGAUAGCCUCCCCUGAUAUUCCAGACCUGACACUGAUCGACCUGCCUGGAAUCGCCCGAGUGGCUGUCAAAGGCCAACCUGAAAAUAUUGGAGAACAGAUCAAAACAUUAAUACGGACGUUUAUCGCAAAACAAGAGACGAUCAAUCUGGUGGGUGGUUCCUUGUAA